AUGGCCGAGUCGUUCAGGAAGACGUCGGAAUAUAACCGAAGAACGGCGGUUAUUAAAGGUGUCCGCGCCGAAAGGACGCCAAGCGAAAUUGUUAAGUUCUUCGGAUACCCCAGGUCAACGGUGUAUGAUAUUGUUCAGAGAUACGCAGCCUCGGAGGAGUCCGAGGAGGGUUCUUGUACUCCGGCGAGAAAAAUACAUGUAAGGGAGAAGGCGAUACUGACUCCGGAACUCGUUAAAAGAGCACAAGACCUCAUUUCGAAGGACUCAAGAGUUUCACUCGCAAAAUUAGCGGCCAUCUUGGGGAUGAGCGACACCACUGUUCGUCGGAUUGUCCAAGAGGACCUCAGAUACAAGUCCUACGUCCUCAAGGUCCGACAGAUGCUCUCCGAGGCCGCCAAGGCCAAGAGACUUGCCCGCUGCAAUUUGCUCGUGAAGGAUUUCUGGCCUCCGAAUAGUCCCGAUCUGAAUCCUCUCGACUACUACGUGUGGGGCGUAGUCGAGAGGGUUAUUAACAAAGCCAGACACCCCAAUGUAGCCUCCCUCCAAGCCGCUAUUGAAGCGGCAUUCAUGAAAAUGGAUCGUGCGCAAUUGCAGAGGGCAUGCUCGCGCUUUCGGAACAGGAUUGAAGCGGUGAUCGAGGCGCAGGGCGGAUACAUUGAGUAA